GCACUUGCGAUAUAAUCUGUAAGGAAGUACAAAGUUUCCGUUGAGAGACACAGCUACCUAGUGACAUCUGCUUUGUGCAGCUGCUGGAUAUCACUCUGUAGGCAGCACUUCCCUGACAGAGUACCUGGCGAGAAGCAAGUGAUUCUGCACCCUUAGAGCAAAGAAGCUUCUUCACGUCAUCUGAGAAGAAAGGAGGAAAAAAGGAACUGGGGAAAAAAUCAUGAGUUCGUCAAGUACGGAGUCCUUUGAAGCUGAAAUGUCAACCUCAUAUGACUAUUACGAUAAUUAUAAUGAUGCUCCAAAACCAUGCAGUAAGGAAAACGUCAAGAGGUUUGCAGCUUCCUUCCUACCUGUUCUGUAUACCCUAGUAUUCCUGGUCGGGCUCAUGGGAAACAUUCUGGUCGUUGUGGUCCUCUUCAAAUACAAGAGGCUGAAGAGCAUGACUGAUGUGUACCUACUAAACCUCGCCAUCUCAGAUUUGCUCUUUGUUUUAUCCUUGCCAUUCUGGUCUUAUUUCACAAUAGACCAAUGGGUUUUUGGAACUCCCUGGUGUAAAAUCAUCUCGUGGAUCUACCUGGUUGGGUUUUACAGUGGGAUAUUUUUUAUUAUGCUUAUGAGCAUAGACAGAUACCUGGCGAUUGUUCGUGCGGUGUUUUCCUUGAAAGCAAGGACUGCCUUCCAUGGCUUGAUUACUAGCCUUGUUGUAUGGCUAGUAGCUCUUUCAGCCUCAGUUCCAGAACUUAUAUUUAGAGAAUCUUUUAAAGAACAUAAUUAUACUACCUGCAAGCUGAGAUAUCCAGGCAAUUUCACAUCAUGGAAACUUUUUUCCACUUUAGAAAUCAACAUUUUAGGGCUCCUAAUCCCUUUUAUAGUUAUGACAUUUUGCUACUCCAUGAUCAUUAAAACAUUAGCUCACUGUAGAAAUGAGAAAAAGAAUAAGGCUGUGAGGAUGAUCUUUGUUGUCAUGAUUGUGUUCUUCUUUUUUUGGACCCCUUACAACAUUGUCAUUUUCUUACAACUGCUGGAAAUUACGGGAGUCUUUAGAGACUGUCAAGUGAGCAGGAGCCUGGACUAUGCUUUCCAGGUAACGGAAAUCCUCGGCCUUUUUCACUGUUGCCUCAAUCCAGUCAUCUACUUCUUCAUGGGAGAAAAAUUUAAGAAGUACCUGAAGAUGCUCUUUAAGAACUGGUGGUUACCUGGAGAUAUUUGCAAUUGGUGUGGAGUUCACAUCACUUACCACACCGAAUCUACCAAUUCAUUCCACACUCAAUCUACGGGGGAUCAAGAUGCUCUGUAAUGUGUUUCAGACCAACCACCGAACUCGCCAGCAAGCAAACUGACAAAAGCGGGAACUUUGAAAAGCUAAGCAAAUGCACAUGCAUUUAACAAUAAGCUAGUGCCGAUAAUUACUUACUUCAGCUUUGAUUUCUGCCUCUAGACUUUCUGAAUAUUCUGACAGAAGGUGUCCUAGAUGUGAAUCGUGGCAGAUGGGACGCGCAAGUUUUAUCUGCCGCGAUUACAAAUCACUGCUCAGAUGUAACUGCAGCCUCAGCACCCCGCAAAGCGCUGUGCCGUGCUGCUGCUUUUUCAUUGGCAUCAAGAUGGAGGUUGGCCUGCAUGGAGGGGCAGAGGAGACACAGCUGUUUGUCAUCAGCACAUGCAUUUGGAAAAUAUAUUCAUUUAUUCAAGAUGGACGUUUAUUACCCUAUUUUUUUGUUCUACAGUUGAUCUGUGUGGGACUUGCUCGCUCUGAUUCUUAGCAAGCUGUUCACAGUAUCUGUUACUGUUAAAUGUUUCAUCUCAGGGAGAGGAUACACCCUCUGUCAUUA